CGGAAGCGGCGGCCGCGUGGCGGAGGCAACAUGGCGGCCCCCGGGAGGAGGAAGCUGGCGGAGCUGAGCCUGGACGAGUUCCUCGCUGCCUGCUCGGACUCGGAGCAUGACGGCGGCUGGGAGGAGGAGGAGGAGGAGGAGGAGGAGGAAGGCGGCCGGGCCCUUAACGGCGCUGCGAGGCGGAGACAGCCGGGUGGAAAGGCGGCCCAGGGGCUGCAGGCACGGCCGGGCAGCAGGAAGAAGGGAAAGGCCUCAGAGCACAAAGAUCAGCUCUCCAGGCUGAAGGACAGAGACCCCGAGUUCUACAAGUUUCUGGAGGAGAACGAUCGCAAGCUGCUGGAUUUUGAUGCCUCAGACAGCUCAGAGGAGGAGGAGGCUCUGCACAGACCCCCUGCCACCCUCGAGGAAGCCAGUGAUGAGGAUGAAGAUGAUGAAGAGGAAGAACAAGAAAAAGUCAAAAGGAAGAAGGUUUCCCUCAUCCAUGUGAGCUUGAAGAUGGUGGAGGAGUGGAAGAAAGCUGCCCAGAGGAAUCUCACCCCAAAACUCUUCCAUGAGAUCACCCAAGCCUACAAGGCAGCUGUGGCCACCACCAAAGGUGACAGUGGUGGUGACCCCAGCAAGUUCCAGGUGACUGACACUGCAGUGUUCAACGCCCUGGUGUCCUUCUGUAUCCGGGACCUCUUCCACCACCUGCACAAGCUGCUGCUCCCCAAAGCCCCCAAGAACAAGCUCAAAAUGGUUCUCCCUUCCACCAGCCCCCUCUGGGGAAAGCUACGACUGGACAUCAAAGUUUAUCUUGGCUGUACCAUACAACUGCUGUCGUGCCUGACAGAGGCCUCGGUGGGUGCAGCAGUCCUGCAGCACGUGAGCUCCACAGUUCCAUACUACCUGUCCUUCCCAAAGCAGUGCCGGGCCCUGCUCAAGCAAACCAUCACUCUGUGGAGCACAGGGGAGGAGACAGUCAGGGUCCUGGCCUUCCUGGUGCUGAACAAGAUCUGCAGGUACAAGAAGGAGGUUUACCUCAGCCCCCUGCUCAAGCAAAUGUACAUUGCCUUUGUGAAGAACUCCAGGUUCACCUCUCCCAACGUGCUGCCCAUGAUCAACUUCAUGCAGCGCACGCUGACAGAAAUGCUGGCCCUGGACAGCCCCACCUCCUACCAGCACAGCUUCAUCUACAUCCGCCAGCUGGCCAUCCACCUGCGCAGCGCCAUGACCCUCAGGAAGAAGGAGAACUUCCAGUCAGUCUAUAACUGGCAGUACAUCCACUGUUUGUACUUCUGGUGUCGAGUUCUCAGCACCAUCCACCCCAGUGAGGUCAUGGAGCCCCUCAUCUACCCCUUGACCCAGGUCAUUAUUGGCUGUAUCAAGCUGGUGCCAACGUCUCGGUUCUACCCCCUGCGCAUGCACUGCAUCCGAGCCCUGACCCUGCUGUCCCAGAGCACCAGGACCUUCAUCCCCGUGCUGCCCUUCAUCCUCGAGGUUUUCCAACAAGUUGAUUUCAACAAGAAGCCAGGACGGAUGAGUUCCAAGCCCAUCAACUUUGCUGUGAUCCUGAAGCUCUCCAAUGCCAACCUGCAGGAAAAGGCCUUCAGGGAUGGGCUCAUUGACCAGCUCUAUGACCUGCUGCUGGAAUAUCUCCAUGGCCAAGCCCACAGCAUUGGCUUCCCAGAGCUGGUUCUCCCCACUGUCAUCCAGCUGAAGUCCUUCCUGAAGGAGUGCAAGGUGGCCAACUACUGCCGGCCCAUGCGGCAGCUGCUGGAGAAGCUGCAGGAGAACUCAGCCCACAUCUGCAGCAGGAGGCAGAGAGCAGCCUUCGGGGUGGCCAGCACUGCAGCUGUGGAGCAGUGGGAGAAGCAGGUGAAGGAGGAGGGGACACCCCUGAGCAGGUACUACAGCCACUGGAGGAAGCUGAGGGAGAAGGAGAUCCAGCUGGAAAUCAGUGGCAAGGAGAGGCUUGAAGACUUGAACUUCCCAGAAAUCAAACGCAGGAAGCCAGAUGAGAGGAAGGAGGAGGAUAAGAAGGAAUUCAAGGAUCUCUUUGAGCUGGACAGUGACUCUGAGGAGGAGAAUGGUGGAUUCUCUGUGAAAGGGAAAGGCAGAGCCAGGCAGGCCUCGGAUGACAGCUCAGAAGCCAGCAGCAAGGAGUUUGGGGAGGAGGAUGAGGAUGAAGAAGGAAAUUACGAAGUGGAGGAGGAUGAGGAGGAAGAACUGGAAGAGGACAGCGAGUCAGAGGAGGAGGGCAGGGAAGCAGCGCAGCAUUCCCGGCAUUCCCAGGAGAGGAGGAGCGGCCCCCGGGGGCUGUCCCGCUCCGACCUGCAGCAGCUGGCACAGGGAGGGGACGACCUGGUGCAGGACCUGGAGUUUUCUGACGAGGACUGAGCCCCCCAGCCCCUCUCCACCUGAGCCCUCCCACCCUGCAGCACCUGGAGCUGCUGUCAGAGCCAGGGGCACAGCUGGGACCAGCCCUUGCACUUUCCAGCUCGACUUGGACUUCUCCAGCUUUUCCAACCAGUUCUGCUUUUGGUACCAAUAAAACCCGAGGCCAAGUCAAGGCCAGUAAAAA